GUAAGCCUGAAAUCCCACCAACUGUUUGCAUGCUGCAGAUUCGGGAGAUGCCUGGGCCAAGGAGACCACCUUCUCAGGGCAAAAGGAAAAGGAGGUGACAGGCGUUGAGACGGCUGAAGGUAACCCAUGGCUAGGAUCAGUUUUUCCUACCUCUGCCCAGCUUCUUGGUACUUCACUGUGCCCACAGUGAGCCCAUUCUCGCGUCAGCGGGCCUUCUUGUCACUCUUCUUCAUAUCCUGCCUCCUGUUACUUAUGUUGAUUGUGGACUUUCGACACUGGGGUGCUUCGUUACCACGAGACAGGCAAUAUGAAAGGUAUCUGGCGCGAGUCGGGGACCUGGAAGCCACGGACACAGAAGACCCAAACCUCAGCUAUGGGCUGGUUGUGGACUGUGGCAGCAGCGGCUCCCGGAUAUUUGUCUAUUUCUGGCCCAAACACAACGGGAACCCCCACGACCUCCUGGACAUCAAACAGAUGAGGGACCGCAACAGCCAGCCGGUGGUGAAAAAGAUCAAGCCAGGCAUCUCUGCCAUGGCCGACACCCCCGAGCACGCCAGCGACUACCUGCGCCCGCUGCUGAGCUUCGCGGCCGCACACGUGCCCGUGAGGAAGCACAAGGAGACGCCCCUGUACAUCCUGUGCACCGCGGGCAUGCGGCUGCUGCCCGAGAGGAAGCAGUCCGCUAUCCUGAAUGAUCUAGUGAAAGAUUUACCUCUGGAGUUUGACUUCCUCUUUUCCCAAUCUCAGGCGGAAGUGAUCUCUGGGAAGCAGGAAGGGGUUUAUGCAUGGAUUGGAAUCAACUUUGUUUUGGGACGAUUUGACCACGAGGAUGAAUCGGGUGCUGAAGCGCCCCAGGAGCUGACAUCGGGGCGCAAGAGGACUGUCGGGAUACUGGACAUGGGAGGCGCCUCUCUCCAGAUUGCUUACGAGGUUCCUCCCUCGACCACGCUCCUUCCUCCGAAACAGGAAGAGGCAGCGAAGAUCUUGCUGGCCGAGUUCAACCUGGGCUGUGAUGCACAGCACACAGAACACGUGUAUCGGGUCUACGUCACCACGUUUUUGGGUUUUGGAGGCAACUAUGCUCGGCAGCGCUAUGAAGACCUGGUGCUGAAUGAAACGCUUCACAAAAACAGGCUGCUGGGCCAGAGAACGGGUCUGAGUCCCGACAACCCCUUCCUGGAUCCCUGCUUGCCCGUGGGCCUCACCGAUGUGGUGCAUAGGAGCGAUCGGGUCCUGCACAUCCGGGGCAAGGGCGACUGGGCCACGUGCGGGGCGCUGCUCAGCCCCCUGCUGCUCCGCUCCAACGCCAGCCAGGCCUCGCUCAACGGCAUCUACCAGUCCCCCAUCGACUUCAACAACAGCGAGUUCUACGGCUUCUCCGAGUUCUUCUACUGCACGGAGGACGUGCUGCGCAUUGGCGGCCGCUACCACGGCCCCACCUUUGCCAAGGCCGCUCAGGAUUACUGUGGCAUGGCCUGGCCAGUUCUGACGCAGAGAUUCAAGAAUGGUCUCUUUUCGUCACACGCAGAUGAACAUCGACUCAAAUAUCAGUGUUUCAAAUCAGCUUGGGUGUACCAAGUCCUUCAUGAAGGAUUCCGUUUUCCCUACGACUAUCCAAACCUGCAGACAGCCCAGCUGGUGUAUGACCGCGAGGUCCAGUGGACCCUAGGAGCCAUUCUCUAUAAGACACGCUUCUUGCCACUCAGGGAUCUACGGCAAGAAGGGGUCCGGCAGGCCCACGGGAGCUGGCUCCGUCUCUCCUUCGUCUACAACCACUAUCUCUUCUUCGCCUGUAUCCUGGUGGUGCUGCUGGCCAUCGUCCUGUACCUCCUGCGGCUACGUCGGAUCCACCACCGGCACACUCGCGCCUCAGCCCCGUUGGACCUGCUGUGGAUCGAAGAGAUGGUGCCCAUGAUGGGGGUCCAGGUGGGCCCGUGAGGCCGAGG